AUAUCAGUUCCACCGGAAACAUCAACUCCGAUGGAGUUGCACGAUGUGUGUCUUCCACCACGAAUGACUACUUUUCAAAAACUCAGCCACAAACUCUUGGAAAUCUUUUUCCCGGAUGAUCCACUCCACAAAUUCAAAAACCAAACUCGUUUUAAUAAAAUCUUGUUAGCUCUUCACUUCGUGUUCCCGGUUUUUGAGUGGGCACCUAGUUAUAAUAUUGCUCUCUUUCGCUCUGAUGUUGUUGCUGGUCUUACUAUUGCUAGCCUUGCCAUCCCUCAAGGGAUAAGUUAUGCUAAGCUUGCAAAUUUGCCUCCUGUAAUUGGUCUCUAUUCAAGCUUUGUGCCACCAUUGAUAUAUGCUGUACUGGGAAGCUCCAAACAUCUAGCUGUCGGGCCAGUUUCCAUUGCCUCGUUGGUGAUGGGAACAAUGCUAAAUGAUGCUGUUUCGUACUCAUUACAUCCGAGUCUAUAUCUUAACUUGGCCUUCACUGCUACUUUCUUUGCUGGCCUCUUUCAAGCUUCACUAGGAUUACUUCGGCUGGGUUUUGUGAUUGAUUUCUUAUCAAAGGCGACACUAGUUGGUUUCAUGGCUGGGGCAGCAAUGAUUGUCUCAUUGCAGCAGCUAAAAGGGCUACUUGGUAUCGUAGAUUUUACUAGCAAAAUGCAAAUAAUACCUGUUUUAUCGUCUGUUUUUGAGCAAAGAGAUGAGUGGUCUUGGCAUACUAUUGUGAUGGGUUUUAGCUUUUUGGCCAUUUUGCUUACUACAAGGCAAAUAGGUCUGAGAAAACCGAAACUCUUUUGGGUAUCAGCAGCAGCUCCAUUAGCAUCAGUUAUUUUGUCAACCUUUAUGGUGGCCUUUUUCAAUUCAAAGCUUCCUGACAUUGCAACCAUUGGUCAUCUGCACAAGGGUCUGAAUCCGCCGUCAUCAAAGAUACUUUACUUCCAUGGAGAGUUUCUUGCAGUUGCUGUCAAAACCGGUGCUGUUACUGGACUAUUAUCCCUCACCGAAGGGAUCGCUGUUGGAAGAACAUUUGCAGCUUUGAAGAAUUACCAAGUCGAUGGAAAUAAAGAAAUGAUAGCGAUUGGGGUUAUGAACAUGGCUGGUUCUUGCUCCUCUUGUUAUGUCACGACAGGGUCAUUUUCGCGAUCAGCUGUGAAUGAGAAUGCAGGGGGACAAACAGCAGUGUCGAAUAUCAUAAUGGCAUUAACAGUGCUUGUGACACUUUUGUUCUUGAUGCCUCUCUUUAAAUAUACGCCUGAUCUAAUACUGGCUGCAAUCAUCGUCACUGCUGUGAUUGGGCUAAUUGAUUAUCAAAGUGUAUUUCACCUUUGGAAAGUUGACAAACUUGAUUUCCUAGUCUGCUUGUCAUCCUUCUUUGGGGUUUUAUUUGUCUCAGUUCCCGUUGGCCUUACAAUCGCAGUGGGAGUUUCCAUCUUCAAGAUUUUGUUACAUGUGACACGACCAAAUACUAGCAUCUUAGGAAACAUUCCGGGCACUAAAAUAUAUCAAGACCUUAAUCGAUACCAAGAAGCUCAAAGAGUACCAUCAUGUGUUAUACUUGGCAUUGAGGCUCCCAUCUACUUUGCAAAUUCUACUUACCUACAAGAAAGGAUAUUAAGAUGGUUAAGGGAGGAGGAAAAUUGGGUUGCAGCAAACAAUGGCAAUUCACUUAAGUGUGUGAUUAUGGACAUGACAGCGGUGACAGCCAUAGACACGAGUGGGCUUGCGAUGGUGAACGAGCUUAGAAAGAGGUUGGAAAAGCAAUCACUUCAGCUUGUGUUAGUAAAUCCAACUGGAAAUGUGAUGGAAAAGUUACACCUGUCGAAAAGUCUGGAUUCAUUCGGGUCAAAUAGACUAUAUCUCAGCAUUAGUGAAGCUGUUUCUAACAUCUAGUCUUCCUGGAAGGCUGACUGUGAAUCGAACCAGAUAGAGGACAAAAAGUACUUCAUUGUAAAUUUAUGUUUUAACUUCUGAUGAAUUCAUUGUACUAUAAAAGUUAAGAAUAUAUUGUAACAAGAACUUUAAUUUA